AUGUCAACUGAGCCCCUCUUGCCAUCUUAUGCUUCUGCUACUCAGCAUGAUGCCAGUCCCCAUGUCAGACGUCAUUCUGCCCGUCGACGGACCUCCCUCAUCAUUCCAGCGGCUCCCGUCAUCCAAACCUUGAGUGGGCUCACAUUUAUGACAACGGCGAUCAUCUCCACCGUCUGGGCUUACCGAAGCUAUGCCCCUCCCCCAGAGCCGUCACCAGCCGAGCCGCCUUCGUUACUCCCGUAUUUCGCAUCGCUAUGCCUCACCAUCUCGCUCGGCUUCUGGGUCGGGUACUUACUUUUCAUACUGUAUGAUGGAGCCGGCGGGCCAAGAAUGCAACGCAAAGUCGUCAUCGGGGCAUCCACCGUAGGAAAGUUGGUUCUAGCGGGGGCUCAUAUAGGGGUUUGGCUGGGGUACAAAUAUCUUCUCACUGGCCCGAAGCAGCCAAGCUGGGCACUGAUGUUCAUGGCAACACAAGCAUGGUGGGAUGUUCUGCUGUUCGUUGUUUAUUCAUGUCUGAGAGCGCCAGUGGAACCACGAGUAAGAUGGUGAGGUGGGUGGCACUGCUGA